GCCUUGAGAGGAGGGUCUUACAGCGGGAGAGUGUAAUAAGGCUGACAGGCUGCAGCCAGGUUCGCCCAGUGUCGGUGUAACCGGAGCGUCACUGUAUGAGCGCCAUGCAGACCCGCAGCACCUUCCCCGGGGGCCCCGGAAGACUGGCCGUCCUACAGCGGCACCUCGUUGCUGUCCCAGUUUCUGGUCAAGUCUCAACUGCCAUCUACCCAACUGACUUUCAAUACACGUUGAAUAAUAAUGUCCUGACUUUGGAACAGAGACAGUUCUAUGAAGAGAAUGGUUUUCUAGUCAUAAAAAACCUGGUUUCACAAGAGGAUCUUGCGCGUUUCAGAAAUGAGUUUGAAAGGAUUUGCAAAAAGGAGGUGUCUGCACCUGGACUAGUGGUCAUGAGAGAUGUGGCUAUUGCCAAAUCUGAAUAUGUUCCAGAUCAAAAAGCUAUCACUAAAGUCCAGGACUUUCAAGAAGUUCCCGAACUUUUCAGAUACUGUAGCUUACCCCAGAUUAUUAAGUAUGUUGAGUGCUUCACGGGUCCCAACAUAAUGGCUAUGCAUACCAUGCUUAUCAACAAGCCCCCUGAUGCAGGUAAAAAGACUUCUCGUCACCCAAUGCAUCAGGACCUCCACUACUUCCCAUUCCGUCCAGCAGAGCAUGUGGUCUGUGCUUGGACAGCCAUGGAGAGGAUUGACCGAAGCAAUGGAUGUCUGGUGGUGCUUCCUGGGACACACAAGGAUACACUUAAACAACAUGACUACCCAGAGUGGGAGGGAGGUGUGAAUAAGAUGUACCACGGGAUACGGGACUAUGAUCCGAACAACCCUAGAGUGCACCUCGUCAUGGAGAAAGGGGACACAGUGUUCUUCCACCCUCUUCUCAUCCACGGGUCUGGAAUGAACAGAACUGCUGGCUUCAGGAAGGCAAUUUCAUGCCACUAUGCUAGUGCAGACUGCCAUUAUAUAGAUGUGAAGGGCACAACUCAGGAGAACAUUGAAAAGGAAGUGGCAGAAAUAGCAUUCAAGCGUUAUGGACUGGAGACUGCAAUUGAUUUAAAGGAUGCCUGGAUGGCCAAAGGGCGUAUUGUUAAAGGCGUUCGAACAAGCCUUUAAAUGAUAAUCUUGUAAAAGAGAGAAAGCAUCCCCUAUAAGGAUUCAAACUGUGUAAUGACAUAUACUUAAUUUGCUACUGACAAAAUGACAACCUGAAAUUCACAUUUAAUUGGAUCUUCAACUGUUGCAAUAGUUAACUGUAAAUUAACUUAAAAUAAAAACUGAACAUGCAUUCUAGGUUAUCUGUUUAAUAAAUGAUGUAUAUUUUUUCUAUUGUUUUCGUUGGUUUCAAAUUUCCAAAAUAGCUUAGCACAAUAAAACAUGUUGCUUGGCUGUUCUCAAGUCUGGAAUUGGCCAAACCAUUUUGUCAAAUAAAUAUUUUUCUAAUUA